UUUUUUAAAGGGCGUGCGCCCGUGAGCACCCACGGAGGAAAACAUGAAUCGGCGCCUAUGCGACCAGGUGUGUUCCUCUGCAGGUGCGGAGUGAUGAUGAUGAUGAUGAUGAUGAUGAUGAUGAUGAUGGAGGAGGAUUGGAUGCAGCUGUGUGUGGAAGGUCCCGGAAGGUCCUGGAAGGUCUUCAUGAUCUUCUUGACACAUGGAUGAGUCUGCGUUGGAGCGUUACUUUGAUGACUCCAUUGCGAAUGAUGCCAGCUUCCUUCUGGGGGAGGAGCUGGGGCUGCAGAGCCCCGCCCCCUCCACAGAUGGCCCCGCUUUGGUGAAGGGGGGGCCGGGGGAGGAGCUAGACCUCAGCUUCCUGCCUGAUGACCUCAGCACGCAGGACCACACCGCCCAGAGUCAGACUGCAGCUCUGGACGACAGCGGCGUCUGUCUGGACUACAACUCCCAGCAUGCAGCAGCAGCGGCCGACCCUCAGGAGGGGACGUCCCAGAUGGGGGCGGGCCCCUCCCCCUACUGCCCCAUGACCCCCAUGACCCCCAUGACCCCUAUGACCCCCGUCACCGAGAGGUCAGGAAUCAUCCCGCAGCUGCAG